GCACCUCAGACUGGGAUGGGCAGAGCAGCGCUACUCCGCGCGCAAGAGCAGACGGAUAUCAUUUAUGGAAUAAAUACAUUGGGAUUUAUAAUGAUGUAGAGAGAGUUCAUGAGGAAAAAAGGAGGCCUGGUUAAGUCAAGAUGAGUUUGACAUCCUGGUUCUUGGUGAGUGGCGGGGGAACAAGGCACCGCCUUCCCCGGGAAAUGAUCUUCGUGGGACGGGACGACUGUGAGCUUAUGCUGCAGUCUCGUAGUGUAGACAAGCAGCAUGCUGUCCUCAAUUAUGAAGUAGCUACAGAUGAACAUAAAGUUAAAGACCUGGGCAGCCUGAAUGGGACAUUUGUUAACGAUGUUCGUAUUCAGGAACAGCAGUAUAUUACUUUGAAAAUGGGUGACAAGCUACGGUUUGGCUAUGAUACCAAUCUAUUUACCGUGGUGCGUGGAGAGUUACAUGUUCCAGAGGAAGCACUGAAGCAUGAAAAGUUCACCAGUCAGCUUCAGCUAACCAAGAAGCCUUCGCCAUCAGGGGAAACCAGCAAAAGCCCAGAGGGCAAAGGGGCAGAGGGAGGAAAAGAUACUGAGGCCAGACCUUCAGAACCACCACCAAAACCAGAAGAGAAAGUAUCAGGGGACAUAGCUUUGUUCCACAGAGGAACUCCUCUUUAUGGACAGCCAUCUUGGUGGGGUGACGGGGACGUGGAUGAUGAAAAUUCUGGGAAGCACGAUGCAAAGGCCUCUGAGCAAAAACAUCCUAGAUUUGAUGCAGGCCGUAAAGACACUGCAACAAAGACGCAGGUAGUACCACAGAAUUUGGGGACCCAGGAACCAAGCUACUUUGAGAUCCCCUGUAAGGAGACUCCUCCAGUAGGCGGUGACACAGGAGAAAGCCUUCCUACUAGUUCAGAGGCAGUUGCGUCAGCUUCCACCAUCCCUGCUCUGGAUGACGGAGUACAUGGACAUGCCUCCUUCACUAUAGAAUUUGACACAGUGGCUUCAGGGAAGGGCAAAGAGCGAACUUCAAAGGGCUCUCAAGACCAUCAACAGCAGCUGAAAAGAGGGGCAGGGGAGGAGCUGAGUGCCUUGCAGGCUGCCAUGGUGGCAGCGGAGGUAAAGGUGGCAGACUGGCUGGCACAGAAUGAGCUGCCACUAGCUCGUUCUGAAUCUGUUGCUGAGGAUGAUGGAGAGAGCGUAAAGAGUGAUGUGCCGGUUCAGCUAAGGAGCCUUAGAGGCAGUAAACAUGAGGAUGGCACACAGAGUGACUCAGAGAAUGCACUGGGAGAGCAGCUCAGUGGCAGGAGGGUAUUGCUGCAGGAGCAUUACAGAGGAAGGCAGGGUGUGCAGAGGACAGAAGGGCCUUUCUGUGGGAGGGAAGAUCUCUUCCAGCAAAAACCAUCAUAUGCAGCUAAAAAGAUGGCACCAGUAGGGAGUGAAGUUAGCAAAAGAGCUCACCAUUCUUCGCCACAGAAAGCCAACGUGCCCAGAGAGCAAAGCACUGGGUCUCAAGAGACUCCAAACAGGGGACAUAUAGAUGACCAAAGUGACAGAGGGACCUACACAAUUGAGCUGGAAAAUGGCAAUGCUGAGGAGGAAGAGGCCAGGCGUAUGAUUGAUAAGGUUUUUGGGGUGGAGGAUAACCAAGCCCUGACUAAACUGCGUUUUCCAAAACACCAGAGAGAUAGAGAAACCAUCUGUCCAAGAUCUGGAGCCAUGGAAACCAGACAAGUUGGCUAUGUUGGUGCAGAGGUGCUACCAGAUGAUUUGGUUGUAGUAGGCGGUCCAAGGUGGGUCUCACAAUGGGCAAGUUUGGCUGCAAAUCAUAUUCGGAAGGAUCCUGAGGGAUCCGGGGCUGAACCCACCAUGCUUUCCAAAGAAGAAAAAGCUGAUAUCAGUGCAUCUGAACUUAAAAGAAGGGCCCUCCCGCAGCUCCCCUCUGAAGACUCUGCUAUGGAUCCACUGGCUCCUGAGGGCACACGGAGCCAAUCCAGUCAAAAAGUCCCUUCAUCAGAGAAACAGGAUCUAGAACUUCAGGAGAAAGUAGAUCAGAACAACAGAAUCUCUAAAACUGGGCAAAGAGUUUCAGGAAUGGCCACGGCUAGGACAGACGUAGAUCGGUCCAAAGCGAACAAGCCAACUCCGCCCAGAAUCCUGAGUAAAGUUGGUAAACAAGGAGCUCAAGCUAAACGUAUCGAGAAGAAACAAGAUGAUGGGAGAAGAAAGAAAGGAGAUGAGGACCGAGAGAAGACAGGGAAGCCUCUACUAAGGCAAGAGAGCUUUACAGUGGAACGGCCGACUGCUAAUGUUCCUCUAGAGCUCAUACCUUGCAUUGAUGGGCCCACUGCCCACCAGCCCAGGGAAAUGGGAGUCAUCAAUGAGGGCAUUGAUGCUGCCACCAUGCUAAAAGACUCAGAGGCUGUGGCUGCUUUUUUGGAAACCACUUUAUCAGACCUUGCAGAUCCACCGAGCUACUCUCUGGAGGGGUCUGUCUCACCUGAAUCUGACAUUGAUACGACAAGCACAGUCAGCCAAGCUGGAGGACAAAGAGGAAGUAAAACAGCCCAAAGGAAACGAUCAGCCGGAGGUGCAGGCCGUGAAACAACCAAUAAAAACACUAGUGCCAACGAAAGAAAAGCCAAAGCUCAUCCUUCUUGCUCAGCUAGCUCCAGGGCUUGGACGUCGCUCGACCUGACAGAUGAUGACUUGAGCUCUUCUCUUACCCAGGAUGCUUUAGUAAAACGACCUCAGGGCCAGGGUCAAAAUACCAAUUCUAAGGCAGAGCCAACAAGUGGCAAAAACAGAGGACCAAAAUCGACUGUAGCUCCUGCACAGGCCAUCUCUAAACCAACCACCCUUCCACGGCCCAGACCCACACGGUCUUCCCUUCUUCGCCGUGCCCGACUGGGCGAAUCCUCUGACACUGACCUGGCUGAUGUUGAUCGCAUGUCUGUUGCUUCAGAGGCCUCUACCGCCAGUUCUGCAUCGAGGCCUUCAGCUGGGUGCAGGACUCUCUCUAGGAUUGAAGCGCUUGCUCAGCCACGCAGGCCACGUGUCGGCUCUCCUUCUGCUCGCAGUGACUCAGAAGCUACAUCAGGCAAGAUCAGGGGCUUUGUCUCUCGCCCUGCCCCGGAGAGUGCACUGCGGCUUGGUCUCCGCUCUACAGUGGCCUCUUCCUCUGUAGCGGUCCCCAGAGCAAGAGCUAACAGCGCUUCCAAACUGCCCGAUAAGUGUCCUGGUACUCCAUAUGUUCAAAGUACACAUGCAGCUGGUGGAAGGUGGCGCCGGGUACCUAUUGAAUACGCUUCUACCUCAGAGGAUGAGUAUGGCUCUAACCGUCACCCCACUCAACACACUCGCCCGCGUCCAGUUGCUCCACGGGUGACCCGGGUUGGGGGUUCAGCCCCUGCAACACCCAGCCCUGGAGGCAUCUCCAUGUUGCGACAUCAGUCUAGCAGAGAACAGGAUGAUUACAUGAGAGACUGGACUGCCCACAGUGAGGAGAUCGCCAGAAUCAGUCAAGACCUGGCUAAGGAUCUGGCCAUGUUGGCACGUGAGAUCCAUGACGUUGCUGGAGAGAUCGACUCCGUUAGUCCUUCCUCUGCUCCCGCAGCUUCAGUUGAGAACCGUGUGUUUGAUGAUGUUCUGGGCAGCGCUCCAGAGAUCAGUGGCAGAGGUGUGGAACUAAGACAUCGCGGUGCUAUCAGCAGUCAGGAUUCCCGCGCCAUCCGCCGCAGGACCUGGAGCAGAGAGGAGGGUGUACUGGACAGUUUGCUGUUAGCAUCAGUCUCCCAGCUCUCAGCAAAAAUCAAACAGGCCAUGGAAAAGACAGCCAACAAAAUCAGGAUUUUAUUCAAAGACAAGGAUCGAAAGUGGGAGGAGAUUGAAAGCAAACUGCAGGCAGAGAAUGAGAUGCCUCUCCUCAAGACCUCUAAUCAGGAGAUUUCUUCCAUACUCCAGAAUCUGAAAAGAGUGGAACGACAGCUGCUAGUGAUUGAUAUAAUGGUGGACCCUGAUGGCACGUUGGAUGCUCUAAGCAGUCUGGGUCUGACCAGUCCACUUAUGGCUGAGAACAGAGUUAGUCCUGGCUCACAAGGUCCAGCUGGCAACCAGGCUGUGGACGUAUCCACCAGUACGGCAACACUGCCCUCUGCCUACUCAGAGGUCGCAGAACGAGAUCUAGGCCUGCAGGGGAAGAGCAAAGAGCAGCACACUGCCAAACAAAUCUAAAUUACUCUGAACAGUUUACACUGAGAUCCUGAACUGGUUUCCAAAGGCCAGGUCAAUGGGACUUUUAUGUGAAUAAUGUGAGGAAUGUUGUAAAACUUCCUAUAAGGCAUUGCAUUUAAAAGUUUGCUUCAUAAAUUCUAUAUAUCCAUGGACGUAUUUUCAGUAAUUAAAGAAAAUAUUUUGAAAUAUCUAUCAACUGUAACCUCCCGUAUAGAAUUACUGCACACAAGCAUUAAUUAUUGUGAGUGUUCGUCUUAAUAAUCAGAAGUACUGUAGAUGUGCCCAAAAAGAUACUGACUGUUCAAUGGGAAGUGCAAUGUGAAAGUGUUAAGCUAUGAUUUACCCAAAACUGAGUUCAUGCUGUGCAUUGUCACAUGUAACUCUUUACACAAAGGGUUCAAAAUCAUAUCUCUUCAUGCUCCAAACUGACCAGUUAAAUGGUAUUUUUUAUUAGGAAUGGCAACAUAAUAUGUGAUUUGUAUUUCUCACAUUAAGGCAUCAGAAAUUAUUUGAGAAGCAAAGUGACACAAUGUCCUGUGCUGUCUGUCACAAAUAUGCAGUGAGGAUAUCACAAUAUAUAUACUCUAAACCAUUCAAACGUUUGGGAUCAGAAAGAUUUUAUUUUUAUGUUUUUGAAAGAUGGAUGCUCACUUAGACUGCAUUUAUUUAAUCAAAAAUACAGUAAAACUUAUAUAACAUAUUACAAUUUAAAAUAACAACAAAUAAAAUAUUUUUACAUGUAAUUUAUUCCUUUGAUGGCACAUUAAGUGUCACAUGGAUUUGAUUCUCAAGAAACAUUUCUUAUUAUAUUUAUGUUGAAAGCAGUUGUGCUGCUUAAUAUUUUUGUAAAAACUACAUUUAUUUGAAAGUAACAGUCUUUACUGUCACUUUUGAUCAAUUUAAUGCAUCAUACCUGAGUAAAAGUGUUAAUUUAUUGAAGAUAAAUAAAAAUAAAUACAUCUAACUGACCUCAAACUUUUCAACAUAAUAGUGUAUAUUUGAAUACAAAUAAUGCAAACAAUUUCAUGGCUUUAUUUUGGCAUUAUUAUUAGGUGUGAUCAUGUUUGCACAGCAGUGAACCAAAAAACAAUACUUGACAUAUUUUAUUGAAAUUAUUGUAUGCCAGUUUCUGCCAAAUACUUAAUAGGCCUGCUGUGUAAUUAGAUCUUUAGACACUGAUGUUGACUAACUGAAAAUUAUUAUCUAAAACGACAAUAUCACAGUUGUUUUGCUGCAGUGAAUUUGUGAUUUAUGAGUCUGCUGAUAUGUCAAGACAAAGCGAAGCUGUGUAUUACACUGGCGUUUAUAUUUUAUACAUUUUUUAUUUUUUGCAGUCUUAGAAAACAACCCAUAUGUGAAGUGUAAAAAUCAAGCAUUGUUAUUUGGACCAGUCCUUCAAUUUGAUCUUUAGCA